AUGAUCGUUCUGGUUUGUUUUCAGCUUCUCAGUACGGAAUCAAAGAUUGGUAAUCAACAAGAUGGGUGUUUAAGCCUCAUUCCUUGCAAAGAUAACAGAGAUGUUUGUGUUCAGCCUUGUUCUCCUUCCUUCCAUGGGGAGACAGACUGUGUCUGCAAAGACAGAAGGUGGCAAAUGUUCACAGAUGCUUCUGCCAGUCUGGAUAUCCGGUCACUUUUUCAGAGAAUCUCUGAACAUGGACACGUUAGUAUUGCUGGAGGACAUCUCUCUUUUGUAGGGGAAAGGAAGCCCAAGAAGCCUGGAGAUGGAGCAAAAUAUUCUGAUGUUGAUGACCACGGGAAUGAGAAGUGCCAAGCUAAUUUUUCAUGCAUUAUUCCAGAUAUUUUGUCUUCAGCAGCCAUUGCAGGAAAUAUUGCUGAUAUAGUGGAGUUGCUAAAGCAGAUCUCCUUGGUAGUUUCAGGGAAUGUCAGUAAAGGAAAAAUGCAGAGUGACAGUGGAAUAGCAAACCAUGUUCUCGAUAGCUCCAUCAUUUCCAGCUGGGCCUUUGUAAGGGAUAGAAAUGCUAGUUUAAUAUUACUAGACUCAGUGAACUUAUUUGCUGGGAAACUUCUUUUAACAAACAAUUCAGAAAGUAUACAGGAACAAUUAGUUCCUACAAAAGGCUACAACAUACAUAAAAAUACUACAGGGAAAAGCUUUGAUUUUUCUGUGGAGUUCAGUAACUCGGACAAUAUCUCUGGGCAUGUAUUCGUUCCAGAAGAAAAGCUUGUGAAGCUAUCUAAAACUUCCACAGCCAUCAGCAUCGCAUUUCCAGCUCUUGGAGUGAUUAUAGAAACAAGCCAUACGGACCCUGGUUUUGCAGAUGGAAUGGUUUUAUCGGUGGCUUUGCCAGAAGAACUUUAGCAUAUUUUGUUUACCUUUGAAUAGGUCAAUAUGGAGCGUGUCAAAGCUCAGUGUGUUGGAUGGCACUCUGCUGAAAGGAGAUGGGAUGACAGACCUCGCCAAAUUAAGUCAGAUGACAUCAGCAGCGUUGUUUGCUUCUGCAUGUAUCACCAUCAGACGCUCAAAUCCUUCUCCAAUCUUAUGUCAGCCACCAAGUUACGAAAUGCAGUGCUGGAUUACAUUACGUGUGUGGGAUCUGGCCACUCGAUUUUCAGCUUGGCUCUGUGCAUUAUUGUUGAGAUUGCUGUCUGGCGUCACGUUACAAAAACUGAAAUCACUUGCACGCGCCACUUUUGUUCAGUGAACACAGCUACAUCGCUUUUUGUUGCAGACAUUCUGUUCAUUUUAGCUGCUGUUGUGCAUGAUACAACCCAAAACUACCAGCUGUGUGAAGCUGCCACAUUUUUUCUUCACUUUUUCUAUCUUGCCUUGUUUUUUUGGAUGUUUAGCCUAGGCCUCCUGAUUCCCUAUGGAUUGUUAGUUUUUUUAAAGACAUGAUCUACGUUCAUAGAUGCAGCAUUCUUUACAGGAUAUGGACGUUCUCUGGUCAUAUCUGCUCUCACUGUUGCUAUUACUGAACCAAGGAAUGGAUAUUUAAGGGCUCGAGCCUGCUGGCUCAAUCGGUAUGAGACCAAAGCCCUUUUGGCCUUCAUUGAACCUGCUCUGUGUAUCAUUGCUGUGAAUCUGCUGCUGGUGGUGGUGGUUGUGAUGAAGAUGGGAAGGUCCUCUGCUGGAGAAGCUUGCAAGUCAUCAGAUUUGAGCAACGUGAUCCGAAUUAGCAAAAACGUUGCCCUCCAGACGCCUGUUUUAGGCCUCACCAGGGGGGUUGGAUUAGUGGCGAUUGUUGUAAAAACUCUCGCGUUCCAUGUUACAUCUGCACUACUUAAUACCUUCCAGGGUUUCUUCAUCCUGUUGUUUGGGACACUUCUGGACAGAAAGACGAGAGAAGCCUUAAGGAUGAACUGCCUUUCAUCAAAGAGGAAGCGUAGUCUAGCACAGAAAUAUGACUCUGUGUGGCCCUGGGGUUGCUCUGGAAUGCCGGAGGGUGAGUCUGUCCCCGACUCCGUGUCUGUUCGUGACAGAAACCACUCAGAGCCCAGCCAGUCCGUCUGGUGCAGACCAAAGCUGUGUACUCAAGACCGCGUGAACUUCUUAAAUUUUAAAUGUCAGGGCAAUUCAUUAAUGUUUAAACAUUAUGGAGGCAAUAACUUGAGUUUCAAAAGCUCCAUAAAAAGCAUUGAAGGAAUUGCUGUGAUGACAUCAUUGAGUUAG